CCACAGUCCCACUUGGAUUUUUAUAUUUUAGCUUUGCUAAUAUCAGAAUCAAGAUUCAAGAAACAAUCAAGGAAAUUGAAAAUGGUUAGCUUUGAGGAGAAGAAGGUCCGGCUGAAUCUUUCCAUUGAAAUUUCAGGGUUGUUGUUGUUCAUAUUAGCAUCAAGUAGUGUGGCAGAUGUUGUUGUUCUAAAUGAUAUCAACUUUGAGAAGAACGUUGGACAAGAUAGAUAUGCUUUUAUCAAUUUCUACUGGCCAGGGUACCUAACCUGUGAAAGGCUUGAUCCUCAGUACGAGAAACUUGGUGAAAACAUUGGAAUGGCGAAUGAGUCUGUUCUCAUUGGAAAGAUAUGGUAUCACUCGGACUCCUACCCUGAAAAUUUUCCCCAUGGACGAUAAAACUGGCUUGUUCGGGCAAGGUGGCGCAAACAGUACUACAACUAACCGAGAACUCGAAGAUCUUCCUACAUUGAACUUCGUCACAAAGGGAAAC